AUGGACGGCUUCCAGAGCGAUGGUCAGGCAAAGGAAAUCUUGGCUCCUUUCCAUGCGGACCCCGCCUUCGACGGCAAGAUGCACCUUGUCAACAACGCCUUGGAUGAGAUUGGAUGGACUGGAUAUCAUUGGAAGUUGUUCACCUUGACCGGCUUUGGAUACGCUGUUGACGCCCUGCAACUCUCUCUACAAGGAAUCAUUGCGGUACAGGCUGUUUAUGAGUUUGAGCCUUCCUACCAGAAGGGACUCACCAUUGCCUUGUACGUGGGUAUGCUGGUGGGCGCUCUAUUCUGGGGAGCUUCUGCCGACAUUAUCGGCCGCAAGAUUGCAUUCAAUAUUUCGCUGUUCAUCUGCUCAAUCUUCACCAUCGCCGCAGGAGCUGCCCCAAACUGGGUAGUCCUAGGACUGUUCGUCGCAUUGGCUGCCUUUGGCGCAGGCGGAAAUCUGAUCCUUGAUACGACCGUUUUCCUGGAAUACUUGCCGUCAAACAAACAGUUCCUUGUCAGCUGCUUGGCCGCCUGGUGGGGUAUCGGAUGCACUCUUGCUGGACUGGUCGCCUGGGGUUUCAUGACAAAUUACAGCUGUUCAGACCCAACCUCACCCCCGUAUGCCAAAUGCACCAAGGCUAGUAACAUGGGCUGGAGAUACGAGAUGUACACCAUGGGCAGCAUAAUAUUCGCCAUGAGUGUGGCGCGCGUCACUGUCAUCCGACUUCAGGAGACGCCCAAGUUUCUCCUCGGCCAAGGCAAGGACGCUGAAGUGGUUUCAAACCUCAAAUCUCUCGCCACCAAGUACAAUCGGUCUUGCUCUAUCACUCUGGAGCAGCUCGAUGCAUGCGGCGUUGUCCAUACUGCACAUGCAAAGAGAGCUUUCUCAUUUGGCGAGCUUUGGAUUCACGUACGCAGCCUUUUCUUGUCAAAGACGGUUGCCUACACCACGGUCCUGAUCUGGCUUUCAUGGUCUAUGAUUGGGUUGGCGUAUCCUCUCUUCAACGUCUUUCUACCUUACUACCUUUCGAGCCGCGGCGUAUCUUUUGGUGUGACCAGCACGUACGAGACAUGGAGAAACUACGCCCUGGUCCAAGUGUGUGGCAUAUUUGGACCAAUAGUCGGUGGCUACAUGUCGAACGUACGCGUGCUCGGUCGUCGAUAUACCAUGGUGAUUGGAGCCUUGAUCACAAUGGCCUUCUUCUUCGCCUAUGCCCAGGUUGAAUCACAAGCUGAGAACGUCGCCUACAGCUGCAUGAUAUCUUUCACACUGGAGAUAUACUAUGCCGUUCUUUACGGCUUCACGGCCGAGACCCUACCGUCCGCUCACCGUGCAACAGGCAAUGGCAUAGCCGUUGCGUUUUGUCGCCUUCUGGGUGCCAUGUCUGCGGUCAUAGCGACUGAGGCAAACACCGCGACUUCAGCUCCAGUGUUCAUCUGCGCUGCACUCUACGGCGCCCUGGCGUUGUGUGCGUUCUUGUUCCCAUUGGAGCCAUACGGAAGGAGGGCUUCGUAA